UUCCCUGAUUGGUUACAAUUAAUAACCGGACCAAACAGUUUAGCAGCCACGCUUUACGUUUUUCAAACAUUAUUUUGUUUUAGUUAUAUUUAGUAUCUAUCUAGCUUAGUUCUUUACAACUGACUGAAAUAGCACACUUCGUUUGUAAGAGGCACGAAUGAUAUUUUUUCCGAUAAGAAGAACAUUUAUAUUUAGGCUAGAAACUUGAGGCUGACUUAGCAGUGCCGGAUAAAUGAAUCUUGCUAGCUAACGUUAGCUAGCCUGGCAAGCUGUGUUUAGCUAUAGCUACGUCGCUGUCAAAAUGAUCGUUGAGUGAAGAUUAUUAAUGGACAGAUUAUACCUCAUCAAUUUGUGGAUAAAAUAUACAUAUGUUAUAUUCUGAUAUUCAGGAAGGAAGCUAUUUAGUACAGCAUAUACAAAAAAAAUGGCAGUAGCUAGCUAAUGUAGUGAAUGACUUAACGUACAUAUUCACUAUAUCAUAUUAAUGUAUAGCUAUGCAAUAUUUUAAGUGUCACAUGCUAACAACAGGUAUAUUUCACAGGUCUUCUACCCUAGAGAAAUCCUGAUUGCCAAGCCAUGAUUCAGGUAGAGGCAGGAGUCUACAUCGGGGCAGCAUCUGAUCUGAAAGAUGCCCAGGACCUGACCAGUGCUGGCAUCACCCACAUACUCACAGUGGACUCAGAGCAGCCAGCUUCACCCGCUGGGUCAUUUAGGAUGAAGUAUGUCUAUUCACUGGAUGAGUCCUCCACAGACCUACUCAGCCACCUCGAUGACUGCAUUCGCUUCAUAUGUGAUGCUUGCGAGGCAUCAAAAUCUGUCCUUGUGCAUUGCCACGUAGGCCAAAGUCGGAGUGCGGCGGUGGUGACUGCUUACAUGAUGAAAUGUCAUAAAAUGAACUUCGGCGAUGCCUAUGCCAAACUCCAGCAACUUAAACCUGAUGUAAAGAUGAAUGAGGGGUUUGUGGACCAGUUAGCACUAUAUGAGUCAUUGGGUUGUGAAGUAGAUGUCACCAGCCCCCAGUACAAGCAGUACAGACUCCAGAAACUCACAGAGAAAUACCCAGAGCUUCAGAAUGUCCCAAAGGAGUUGUUUGCAGUGGACCCUUACCUAAGCACCUGUUCUGAGGUGGUAUACAGAUGUAAAAAGUGUCGACGGACGCUGUUUCGCGCUUCCAGUGUCCUCAGUCACACUAUUGGCAAUGGACCGACUGCGUUUGCCUAUAAGAAGAUGAGUAACCUACCGAGUGGGGACCAGACCCAGUGUACCUCCUACUUCACUGAGCCUGUCCAGUGGAUGGAACAGGCCUUGUUAGGGGUGAUGGAUGGACAGAUCUUGUGCCCAAAGUGUAGCUCCAAGCUGGGCUCGUUCAGCUGGUGUGGGGAGCAGUGUUCCUGUGGUCGAUGGGUGACUCCAGCCUUCCAGAUGCAUAAAAACAGAGUGGAUGAAAUCAAACAUAUCAGUAUAGCCACACUCAAAUCAUGAACAUGUAAAAAUGGUUCAUAUCUAUAAUACAUUUCUCAGAAUAGCUGUCUCCAUCUUUCCCUGUCUGCCAUUGAUGGUUCAUAAAUAUUGUAGGUUACCUAGACUAUUUCUACUACUUGCAUAUUAAUUGAAUGAGUAGCCUGAGGGCAAUUCCAUGGUAACAGUGACACUGAGACUCAGAUUUGUCACUUUAAAAUGUAUGUCAAACAAAAACCAAUGAUUGCAAAGUUAAACAAAUCAUAGAACUCUAUGCACGAGGACUACUUUUAACGAUUUCCACUGAACAUUUUACAUAAACAUAUUUACUUGAAAAACAGUUCAGAUGCAGAGUUUGGUAACAGAAUGACGGUUUGUGUCAUCAUUCUGUUACUGAACUUUUCAUCUUCAAGUAGUUGUAUUUUUGUAAGAUUUUCUGUGGAAAUUGUUGAAAGUAGUCCUUGUGAGUAGAGUUGUAUGCUUUAUUUAACUAUGCAAUCAUAGUUUUUUGUUCAACAUUUAAAAUGACAUCUGAGUCUGUCUCUGUGGAAUUGCCCCUAACAAGAUGGUAUUUAUUUUUCUAUAUUAUAUGCAACUGAAGCAGAUUGCACAAACUGUU